CAUGGUAGCGGCCAGCUGGGCCCCCAGUCCGUGUUUGGCGUCUCCGCGACGACGUCUCCGGUCCACCACCCCGAGCGGCGACGGUUGGAGGGAUGGAGCCGGAGGGCGGGUCCCUGGCUCCCGCCCUUCAAGGCCCACCUGCGGCCAGCGAUGGAGAGGCAGCGGCACUCCCUGGCCCCGAAGCCCCCUGCUGCGUGGCGGAGCCCCCUCUGUGCCCGGGAGAGGAGGGGCAGGAGGCGGCGGUGGUGUACGGCCCCAAGGAGAUGCUGCCUGAAGAUCCCCCAGUGGUGGUCCGCACCCCAGCCUACUCGGUGGAGCUGCCUCCCUGCCACGGGGUCCCGGGACCCACUCUUGGGGAGCUGCCAGCCACGGAACAGGAGGCCAUCCCCGUCGUCCCCCUGGAGCCCAUGAGGGAGCUCCCCAUUCGGGGAAAGUGCCUGAUCUACAACUGGCAGGAGGAGAGAGCCACCAACGAGCUGGACCGCGUGCCCUGUCCCGAGUGGGGCACAGAGGCCUCCUUCUACCGGCACGGGCACCGGGGGCUGCUCACCCAGCAGUUUCUGGCUGGCCUGAGCAGCACCACCACCAUGAAGGACGCCUACCGCAGGCCCUGGAGGACGGGGCUCCCCAUAAGAGGGCAGCGUGAGGCCAUGUUGGAGUGGCUCCUGUACCAGAAGCACAGCAAGGAGCUGAAGGAGGAGGAGGACGACGGCCCCCCAUGUGGACCCAUGGAUACCAUCUCCACCACGCACGACCACUAUCGCAAAGAGGGCUUCGUGUCGGUGGCCCCUGCCCCCACCAAGCCCCACGACUACCGCCUGGAGCAGCCGCAGACCUUCUGGUUGGAGCACUGCCGACAGGUGCCGGGCGUCUCCAAUAUCCGGACUGGUGACACCCCCUUCAAGAAGUGUGCGACGUUCACGACCCCCACCACCGAAUACCUCGACCAGCCGCUGCCCUAUGGCCCAGAGAACUACCCCAAACUCUAAGAAAAUAAAGUGGGGCAGCUAUUGGCA